GCUAGGCUCAGUCUCUGGAGAUGCCUACAACGCUCUGAACCUCUUGGGAAAGGCUGCAGAACUUAGACUUACUCUGUCUCUCUCUGGUUCUCUCUAACUUUUCCUUUCUCUGUGAGAAUCUCCUUGGAGAUUUCUCAUCUUCCCACUUCUGCCCGGAUCGAUCUCGACCUACAUUUCUCCUCCUCCUCCUCCUUCUCCUCCUCUCCGCCGUGUCAGGAUGAGCAAGCUGUGGACAGACGAGCAGUUCAACUGCCCCGUGUGCCUGGACCUGCCCAGGGACCCCGUCACCAUCCCCUGCGGCCACAGCUACUGCAUGGCCUGCAUCAAGGACUACUGGAGCAAGGACGACCCCAAGGGCGCGUACAGCUGCCCCCAGUGCCGGCAGUCCUUCAGCCCCAAGCCCUCGCUCUCCAGGAACACCAUGCUGGCCGAGGCCGUGGAGCAGCUCCGCAAGGGCUCCCUGAGCUCCGCCCUGCGGGAGUCUCUGAGGAGCACCCUCCGCCCGCCGUCCGGAGCCUCGUCCGGAGGCCGGGGGGGGCGCGCCCGCUCCGCCGUCCUGUCGCCCUCGGCGGUGCCCUGCGACAUGUGCCACGGCGAGCAGCGCGCCGCCGUGAAGAGCUGCCUGGCGUGCAUGAGCUCAUACUGCGAGGCCCACCUGAAGCCGCACCGUACCAAGGCGGCGCUGAAGAACCAUGAGCUGAUCCCUCCCAUGGGUCAGCUGGCCCAGAAGAUCUGCACCCAGCACAAGUACCUCCAGGAGUUCUACUGCCGCCAGUGUAAGAUGUACGUGUGCUGGCUGUGCACCAGUAACGAGCACAAGGGGCACGACAGCGCCUCCACCAAGGCCGUGCGCAUGGAGAGACAGAAAGAGCUGUCGGGGGUGCAGACUGAGAACCACCAGAGGCUGAAGGAGAGAGAGGCGGAGCUGAAGGAGAUGAAGAAGACCGUGGAGGCCAUGAAGCGCUCGGCAGCGAGGGUCAACGAGGACGUGGAGCUCACCCUGUCGGACCUCCAGCGCUCCCUGGAGAAGCUGCAGGAGCUGGUGGAGGAGGUGAUGGACUCCACCGGGCAGGAGAAGGUAGUGGAGGCCCAGGAGGUGGUGGACAAGCUGGAGGAUGAGAUCGCCGAGCGGAAGAGAAGGGACAUGGAGAUGAAGGACCUGGUCAGGUGCGAAGACAACAUCUACUUCCUGGAGACGUUUGAGUCCCUCAGCAGUCCGUUGGAGGCGGGACACCUCCCCAGUGUGCUGGCCAAUCCUGAGGCUUCUUACGAGCCUGUGCGUGACUUCAUCCUGGACCUGAGAGAAAAGGUGGAAGACUUGUGUAACCAGGAGCUGGACAAGAUUACCAAGACAGUGAAUGACACAACACUGUUCACUUUGGGAGACAGCGCCAAGAAUGGGGAUCAGAAAAUGGGAGGUUUCUUAAAAUUGUUGUCUGGCCUGGGCACUCGGAACACAAACAACAGCCGUCCUCAAGCUCCGACACCAAGCGUUUCUGUUGGGGAUCGGGGGCCAGAGAGGCGGGGGCAAGGUGUGGGUCGGAGAGCCCAAGAUGUCCGAUCCCGUGACGGGCCGAGAGUUGACAGAGGAAACAAAAGUCCACCAAGAACCAGAGACAAGCAGAGGAGAGAAGAGAAAGAAACAUCCCCCAGUCCCAGCCCCAGCCCUAGGUCUAGCUCCACCCCCAGCCGCAGAGAGUCACAUUCUCUGUGGAACCAACCUGAGCCUACCCAGGUCUUCCACACACCUGCCCCAGCCCCGACCCCAGCCCCGACCCCAGCCCCGACCCCAGCCCCAGCACCUCAGGCCUCAUCAGGUUUCAGUCGGAUGGCCUCCAUAACGAGUCUGUUCCGCUCCCAUCGCCGCACGGCCACACCAGCGCAGCCUGCAGCCAGCACCCCUGCAGCCAACUCCUGGGGAAUGGGCACUGUGGUUGAAACACCAACUGAAGUAAAUCCCAGCCUUUUCUUGGAUUCUCCAGUCGACAGCCCUUUCCUGGACAACACCCCAUCCUUCCCUGGAUUGAGGGAGAUCAGCAUAGACUGUAUCCAGGCCCCAGAGCCCAGGACCAGAGAAGAGUUCCUGCAAUACGUCUGUAACCUGGUCCUGGACUCCAACACGUCCCACCGCCGCCUCAGCCUGUCGGAGGGCAACACCAAGGCCACCCUCCAGGGGGCGGCGCAGCCCUCCCCCGACAUCCCCCAGCGCUUCGACAGCUGGACCCAGGUGCUGUGCCUCAACCCCCUCUCCACCCAGCGCUGCUACUGGGAGGUGGAGUGGAGGGGCCGGGGCUCCUCCAUAGGCGUGGCCUACGGCGCCCUGAAGAGGAAAGGGUCCGACUCGAAGGCGGGGCUGGGCUACAACGCCCAGUCGUGGAGCCUGGAGCUGUCGGACACCUGCUGCUCGGCCAUGCACGACAGCCAGAAGAAGGACAUCCCCGUGGCCUACUCGCCCCGCGUGGGCCUGUUCCUGGACGCCGCGGUGGGAACGCUCUCCUUCUACGCCGUGGCCGAGAGCAUGGAGCACCUGCACACCUUCCGCGCCAACUUCACCCAGCCCCUGUACGCCGCCUUCGGGGUGGGCAGCGGGGUGGGGGUGGGCCUGGACUUUGCUCUGGGUCAGUUCAGCUCCCACUCGGACAGCAUCAAAAUCUGCCCCAUGUGAGGAUGUGACCAGGUCUAGUAGAGGUUACUGUACUGGAGAAGGCAACCUGUGGUGCCAUGACAUGGUCACACAGCUGGUCCAUCCAUUGACAUUCACUGUGGCGUUAACUACAGGCUUACAAGACCCCAAGGACUGCACCACUAUUUGACCCAUAUAUAGGUUUGCUAUCUAAGACAUUGGCACUGCGAGUCUAAAAAGUUAGGCCGACUUCUCAUUUGAACUCUUAGAAAUCCUGAUUUUGUGUUGGGUUGUAGGAUAGAAUCCAUGGAAAACAAACGCCACCAUAUUGUUUUUAUUUACUUUAAUAAAAAAGAAGCAACGAAAAGGACAAUCAUGUGAGUAUUUUACAAAGGGCAGGCAAAAGAGGUGGAGGCAUGAAGUCAUAACGUUCUCCACUGUCACCGGACAGCCAUUCUCCACCAGCAUGUGGCGUCAUCAACCAGGACAGGGUGCUAAACAACGCUAUGAAUGGACCGUGCUGUUCAGGGGUAUAAACAGUGGCCACAUAUCCCCUCCCUCCCUGCCUCUCCAAAAAUAGCACUCGUUAUCAAACAGGAAGCUUAUAUUCAUUAAAUAGGUCAGUUCUAUUAUUACAACACAUAUACUGUACACACAAACAAACCAAAAAAAGCAUUUCAUUUCCUAAAAAUUGUCUGGAGAGUUUUGGUUUGAACGGAUAGCUAAGAAAUGUAGUCAUGGAAUCCCUUUUUGACGGGUAAGUCUCCAAACAAACACAAAAGCAUAAUAUAUUAAAAUCUCCAAAUGAAAUGCUAAAUGGCAUUCAUGGUUAUAAACUAUAAGCUACACGAAGUGAUGCUAAAUUAGUCUCAUAGUAACAUUUGUCAGUAAUAUCAUACCUAUGUGUGAGCAGUAAAUGGCAUCUAGGUAAAUGAAUAAAAAGUGCAGUCGAUGACAGGAAAGGCCCAGUCAGCACAGAGCAUCAGAGAGGGAGGUCAAACCGGGGUUGAAGGUCAAGGUCGCUCGCAUAGCCUGAACCCAACUUCCUCUUCAUCUUGUUGCUGCUCCAGCCACAUCUCUAACCCGUCUCCUCCCUCUAGUGGCAACUGUGAGUAGCACACGUGCCCUUGAAGUGACCCUCCCAUAACGACGGAGCCCACGAUCAGAACUGAGGCCAGCAGAGGUCGUUCCCCCUGGAUGACACUGCAUAUGACCACAUGUGACUGCACCUGAACAUGCCAUGGGCAUGAGAUAAGGUGACUGACUGGCAAUGGAAAAAACAGUGGCACUUCCCUUUAACAGAUAGGUCCAAAGUCAGUGGGAAAUCCCAUCUUGCACUUCCUCCAAAACAACAUAUGAGCUUACACAUCCUACUAAGUGCCUGUAAUUUCAAAUACAAACAUGGCUUGACAAAAACAUCCCGUAUAAACAGUGCUGGCUUCCCCUUUAAGGCUUAACACCACUUCCUUAAAAAGACCUGAAGGAAAAGAGAGGACCUGUCAAGUCAGACGAGGACUACAACACCCAACUAAGUCGCAACAGGUUUCAUUCCCCCCGCUUCGCAUUCAGCAUGGCCCCACUUCCUGGCAGAGGAUGCAGGUGCAUGCUGGGACCUGUAGGCAAGAAGCAGGCAGUUUCGAACAUGCCACGGGGGACACUCAUGGUAGGGGGGGGGGGGGGGGGUUAUUGCAAAGUCACUU